AUGUUUUUUAAUUUUGGUCGAUUCUUUGGAUUUGGUUUCCAAUCGAAAUUAGACAACUUGCUUAAGUAAGAAAACCUGACAUUAGAAACAAUCUUAAAUGAAGAUGACAUAUUGUCAGAAUUGAAAAUGUCUAGCUCUGGGAAGUUUGCUGACUUUAUUAUCUCACAUCCUAAUGAGUACAAAAAAAUGAUCCAUUACAUUAUUGAUGAUGUCUAGCCACAAGAAUAAGAUAUUUAAUAAUACAUUAAAUUUCAAUUUAUCAUUAGCGAAGUGUUUAGUUCCGAGAAUGAGAAACUAAUUAAUUAUUUAUUUGACAAACCCCUUGACAACCCCCAAGAAGAUGUUUAAAAUCCCCUAGACGACUAACAAACUGAAUCUCAACCCACAUAAGAAUAAGAAGAUAAAGAGUCGAUUAGAUAGCAUUUGCUUGCUGAUUUCUUGCAGGUUUUAGGAAAUGAUACUCUAGUUGUCACUACAGCUGGUUAUGUUAACAAGAUUAUUGGAGCCAUUAUUCAUAGAAGAGGACAUGAUUUUUGGGAGUAUUUAAUAAAAAAUCCAAAAGUCAUAACAAAUCUGUUCAAGCAUGCUGAAUUAAAACACAUAACUGAAAUCAUUGAGAAACUGAUCAUAUUAGACACAAACCAAGAAGAAAAUGAUGAUAAAAAUUAUCUCAAGGAGAGAUCUGAUUUAAUUAUAAGAAGUCAGAAACUUUUAUCUGUUGACUCAAAUUCUAAUGCAAUCAUCUCAAAUUUAUGCGAUAUCUUAAUUGAACUCUACAAGAGAACUUUAAUCUCACUUGAAACUAUGACAUCCUUGAGAACAAUUUUAUAGAAUGUUGCCUAACCAUAAUAUUUCAUGAAUCUUGCAAUCUAGACUCAAAACACUGUAGUCUAUAACUUAUUAAACAUUCAAUUUGAAUAUUACAUCAAGAUUGAAUAGAUAGAUGAGGGAAAGUAUGCAGUGGAUCUAAAAAAUCUGUAUUCUAGUUUAAUUUCGCAUUUACCAUAAGCUUUGUCAUAAUAAGAUCUAUUUAAAGUGGCUUUUUAAACUUCUAAAGGUGAUCAAGUAGUUCCACUUGGAGAUGCAAAACUAGAAUUAAUUUCAUUCAUUAUCUAACUCUGUUAAAGAUAGGAAAUAGCAGAUUCAUUUACUAAACCAAUCAUCUUCUUAAAUAUUUUAGAUUUAGUCCUAAAAUACCCCUCAAACAAUCAAUUAUAAAUAUAAUUUGAUAAAUUGGUCACAUCAAUCAUCAAAAGUAAGAAUACUCAAUUGCAAAACCUAUUAUACUAAGAUUAAGCCAUUCUUCGAUUUUUAAUUGCGCAUAAUGGAUCCGAAUCAAGAAAACAAAAGCCUGCAUUUCAAGGAGUCUUAACUAAAAUUACAAAUUAUCUAAAUUCCAAUAUUAAUGAAUCAGAGGAGUUAGCGAAAUCUAUUGAUCAAAUUAAAGAUGAAUGGAAUACCUAUAUAGAUGAGUUAAAUGAAGUAAACUUAAAAGAAUAACAAUGGAUGUGCGGAGUCAAUCCAAGAAUGAAGGAAUAAGAAAAUAGCUCAAAUUACAAUCCAUUUGUGCCAAUCCCAUUAAUUCCAUAUUAAUCAGGAAUAAGAAAAGUAGAAAGCAGUGAUGAUAAUUCUAUUACUUAAGAGAAGCAAGAAUUCAAUGAGGUUGAGUAAGAGGAUAGUUAAAAUAAUGAUAAUUUAAACAAUGAUAACUAAAAUUAGGAUUAGGAAUAGGAAUAGAAUAAUGUGGUUAAAUUUUAACCAAUCGAGUUAUUAUUUAACAAAGAAGUUUAAAUAAACAAUUAAGAAUUACCAUAAAUUUAAGAAUUACAAAUUACAGAAGAUGUCGCUUAAGACCAUGAUGAAUAAAAAGAAAUUAAAUAAAAUGAAUUGAAACCAGAACCAGAACCAACAGAGUUGAUUGACUAACAAUAACAACCUGAGUAACAUCUGCAACAAUAAGAUUAAGAAAAUUAACAAGAAUUAUGUGAACCAGAACCUUAAUAACAAAAUCAAAUUUAAACUUAAGAACCUUAAGCAGAACCUGAUGCACAAUAACUAGUUCUAACAUCUAAUUCUUAAAUGUAAGAUGAGAAUUGA